AUGCUGACUCUCAGGUACCUCUACCAGCUCCACACCCACACGUCUUCAACAGGUACCUCUACCAGCUCCACACCCACACGUCUUCAACAGGUACCUCUACCAGCUCCACACCCACACGUCUUCAACAGGUACCUCUACCAGCUCCACACCCACACGUCUUCAACAGGUACCUCUACCAGCUCCACACCACACGUCUUCAACAGGUACCUCUACCAGCUCCACACCACACGUCUUCAACAGGUACCUCUACCAGCUCCACACCCACACGUCUUCAACAGGUACCUCUACCAGCUCCACACCCACACGUCUUCAACAGGUACCUCUACCAGCUCCACACCACACGUCUUCAACAGGUACCUCUACCAGCUCCACACCCACACGUCUUCAACAGGUACCUCUACCAGCUCCACACCACACGUCUUCAACAGGUACCUCUACCAGCUCCACACCACACGUCUUCAACAGGUACCUCUACCAGCUCCACACCACACGUCUUCAACAGGUACCUCUACCAGCUCCACACCACACGUCUUCAACAGGUACCUCUACCAGCUCCACACCACACGUCUUCAACAGGUACCUCUACCAGCUCCACACCACACGUCUUCAACAGGUACCUCUACCAGCUCCACACCACACCUCUUCAACAGGCACCUCUACCAGCUCCACUCAGCCACACCAGAUCAGACCAAUGUUACGAUGUGCAAUAUCAAAAACAAAAUGGCCUCACUGUGGAAUCCUACCUGA